UCUACUUCAAGUCGGACCUACAUCUCACCCCCCCCGAAAACCCCCACACCUCCCUCUUUUCUCCGAAGCAAGCAUGCACCUGAGCGCGUACGAGUCGUGCCAUUCCUUGGUCGUACUUUGCAUCCUCCUGAGGAGUUGCCAAGCCCUGAAGAACGACGCCACGGAGCUCCUGUUCUCGCAUGUGAGCGCGUCGGUGCCGGUGCCGGAGGUUCAGAGCAACGUGACCCUGAACCGAGCACGGAACGGCGGGAGAGGAGCGGCGGGCGGCGCGGCACACGACAGAGGCGAUCGAAGCCAAAUCGGAUGCAGAGAGCUGAGGUCCACAAAGUAUAUCUCUGAUGGCCACUGCACCAGCAUCAACCCCAUCAAGGAGCUGGUGUGCACUGGCGAGUGUCUCCCAGCUCAGAUGCUUCAAAACUGGAUCGGCGGCGCCUACGGCAGGAAGCUCUGGGGUCGCCGGAGCAGCAACCAGGACUGGCGGUGCGUCAACGACAAGACCCGCACCCAGCGCAUCCAGCUGCAGUGCCAGGACGGCAGCACGAGAACGUACAAAAUCACCGUGGUCACCUCCUGCAAGUGCAAGAGGUACUCGAGGCAGCACAACGAAUCGGGCAACAAGUUCGAGGAGCCGUCUCUGUCGCCGCCACAGCUCCUGCACAAGCACAAGUCCAAGAGCAAGAGGAGGCUGGGGAAGAACAGGCUGAGCGAGAACUGGCACGAGACUGAACCCUGAGAGCCCGGCAGGCACACGGACUCUGAAUCCACAUAAACCGACUGGAGAUUUGUCUCGGUGAUAAGUGAGACACGCCGUCCAGAGCUGUGGAUUAUCUCUCAAUGUGACUGGGACUUGAUUUUUAGGUGAAGCUGGUUCCUCACUGUGACGGAGAACUCCAUAAGGGCAUGCUUCGGACUUUUUCUUGACAUUUGAAUCCACGUGGUUGAAGACGGUGUGAACAGAAGUGGGGCGUACAGUCUGCAGAGCUUUCUGGAACCCCCCCCCCAGCAGCAAACCUACAUUGUCCCAGAUGCAGCCUGUGUUCCUAUAUUCAUUUAAUAUGCAGAUGGAGGUCUGCAGUCAACUGUUGAGGCACCAACACCAGAAAAUAACACCAAACAUCUCGAAAAAUCCCGUGUAAAUACUUGUACAUAUAUCAAAUUCUUACUUGCCUUUUUUUUUGACAUAUGGCCAUGUGUAUAAAAUUUUACUAUGUAAGAUUUAUGAUGUAUGAUGUAAUAUAUUUUCUGUGCAACAUAUAAUAUGAUACGUUUUGCUUAAGUGGCGUCAGCAUGUGGGCGAAAUCUGGAAAAAGCUUUGUCAUCAAUCAGCCCUGUAAUAACUUUAUAUGAAAUAAAUAUCACAUUUUAUCACA